AUGGUUGAAACUAGUGAGAAGACUUCUUCUCCAUCUUCUUCCUCUCAUGGGCGUAAAGACUUGGAGUUUUUCAAGGUUUAUCUUCCCGAGUUCAGCUCUCACCAACUGGUGAUACCUCAAGCAUUCAUAAACAUCUUAGAUAAGCCAUUACCUAAGAGAGUGGUAUUAGUAGAUGAGAUCGGACGGUUAUGGGAUGUGGAGACAAAGACUGGUGUUGUUGUUUUCAGACAAGGUUGGGAAAAAUUUGCAAACGAACAUUCUCUUGAGUUUGGAGACUUUCUUUUGUUUAGAUACAACGGCGAGUCUAGAUUUGACGUCACGAUUUUCGCCAAAGACGGAUGUAAAAAAGACCUUGAUAGAUUUAGGGUUUCUGUUGAGAAAGAACCGGUUAUCGUUAAACCGGUGGGUAUUUCUAUCAAACCGGAACCUUGGGAAGACUGUGGCAAGAGGGUCAUGCAGAAUCGUAAACGCGUUUUGGUUAGAGAGGAGGCUAGUGUUCUUGGUGAUAUUGAACCGGGCCACCGAAGAAAUACUAGGAAAAAAGUUAAUCGGUCUAGAGAUCCUCGUGAGAUGUCAUGGGUUCCUGAGAAGAAACACAAAGGAUCUGAAGAACCGGUUUAUAAACCCAAGAAUCCGCAUUUUGUGAGGAAUAUUGCAGUCGGUUCACUUCGUUUACUGGAAAUACCGACAACUUUUCUGAAAGCGAACGGGAUCGAGCUGGAGGAAGGCCAAGACAUCGAGCUUUGUGAUGAAAAUGGAAAGAAAUGGCCACUGAAGAUUGAGAAACACGGUAGAGGAUACAUAUUCUCAUAUGAUUCGUGGUUGUGUUUCUGUGAAAGCCAUAACUUGAGGAAUCCCAAUAAGUGUUUGUUUGAGUUUAUUGUGUCAAGUAAUGGGACAUGCAGCCAGAUUCUAGUUCGUAUAUUCCGUGGGACGUUGCUUACUACUGCUGCCAAAAGUGGUUACCACCCGUUUGCUAAUCUGGUGGUGUUUACCCUAUUUCGAAACGAUGAAUUCACAAUCCAACCUAAUCCGCCAAGGAGGGAACCUUCCGAGACAAGACGCCAUGUGGAUCUAACGGAAGAGGACGAGAUCAUCCGUAUCCCAGCAUGUGAUCUUACUGCGGUGUCUGAACGCUUCAAAAGAACCCUAAUUGGAAGAGUUCUACACAGAGGAGGCAGAAGUGUUGAAGCGAUGAUUGCCCUCUUUCCGAGAGCUUGCAUCUGGAAUGUGGAAGGGAGAGCUUGUGGAGUUAACCUAGGUAAUGGCCGUUUCCGUUUUGAUUUUGACAAGGAGAAAGAUCUUAACAUGGUGUUGAACAAGAGGCCAUGUCAUUUCAACCACUGGAUAUUUGCUCUGGAACAUCUGGGGAAAAAGUUGGAUAUUGACGCCAUGAAUGCUCGUAUUCAAGUCUCCAUCGAUGCUGAUAGACCUCUUAAGCUAGAGGCAAGGAUUGAAUUCCCUAAUGGAGAUUUUGGAAAAGUAUACAUGACGUACGAAGGAUCACUGUCUCUCGCUUACCAGGCACUGACUGGACCAGUAGGGAACUUCAGAGGCAACGUACCUAAUAACAAGAGACCUCGUUUCCCCAAUGGGGAUGUAUCCCAAAGAUCACCAACGCGGGCGGGAUUUCCUGGACAAUCCAAAGGUGAAAAGCGACAUAAGGAAUCAGAAAGCUACUGGACUACGAAAGCCAAUUCGGGCCGUGAUGCUCCUCCAAAAUCGAUGGAUAGAAGAAGAUUGGAAGGAGAUGAGCGAUACCCACACCAUCAAGGAAAAACUAUUGUUUGGAACCGGCUUGAUGAUCGGCCUGAUGGAAGGGACAUAAAGAAGCCAGUGGACUACAACUCGCGGCCGAGGCAGACUUCGAUGGAACGCCACGAACGCCAGAGAGGACGCGAGUCGUAUAGACCAAGGGAGCGACAUUACUCUCAUUAG